AUGUCCUUCUUCGGUGCCCGACCAGCAGCAGCCCUCGAGCCCAAGGACAUCGAGGUCCCCAACCUCCCCGCCGACUCGAUCUCGGCCGUCGCCUUCUCGCCGACCGCCGACAUCCUCGCCGUCGCGUCAUGGAGCAACGAGGUGCGCCUGUACGAGGUCAACCCGCAAGGCCAAGCCGUCGGCAAGGCGGCCUACUCGCACGAGGGUCCCGUCUUGGACGUGACCUGGUCCAAGGACGGCUCCAAGGUGUUCUCGGCGGGCGCCGACAAGGCUGCGCGCAUGUUUGACCUCGCGACGAUGCAGGCCCAGCAGGUCGCACAACACGACGAGCCGAUCAAGUGCGUCAAGUACUUCGAGGCCAACGGGCAGGGCAUGCUGGUGACGGGUUCGUGGGACAAGACACUCAAGUACUGGGACCUGCGCACGCCCAACCCGGUCGCGACGGUCCAACUUCCUGAACGGUGCUACGCUCUCGACGUGUGCUACCCUCUCAUGGUGGUCGGCACCGCCGAGCGUCACAUCCAGAUCUUCAACCUCACGCAACCGACGCAGGCGUUCAAGACCCUGACGAGCCCCUUGCGGUGGCAGACGAGGACUAUCGCGUGCUUCCCAGACGCGACGGGCUACGCCAUCGGGACGAUCGAGGGGCGCGUCGCGAUCCAACACGUCGACGACAAAGCCGCAGGCUCCAACUUUACGUUCAAGUGCCACCGCAAGGACGACCCGGCGCCGUCCAAGUCGUCGAGCGUGUACGCCGUCAACGACAUCCAGUUCCACCCGUACGGCACGUUCUCGACAGCCGGCAGCGACGGCACGAUCAACUUUUGGGACAAGGAGAGCAAGACGAGGCUCAAGACCUUUGACGCCAAGGGUGGGCCGAUCGCGUCGACGUCGUUCUCGUCGUCGGGCCGGAUCUUUGCCUACGCCGUCACGAACGACUGGUCCGGCGGGCACAUGAGCAACAAGCCCGACUUUAUCAACAAGGUGUACCUGCACCCGUGCAAGGACGAGGAGGUCAAGAAGCGCAACAAGAAGUGAGCGGGCGCGCUCUCUCGAGGUGGUGGUGGUCGAGCGAUGGAGGAAGGCGAGGAGGGCGAGGAGCUUUGGCAGCUGGUUCUCGGUCGAGGGAACGGCUCUCGCGUGUCAUUGAUACCCUGCAGAGGCUCUUUCGCGC